AUGGGUGACUGGGCCUACUGCGUGGAAAGGAGUGGAGCGACCUUUGAAGCUGAUAAAACAGCUAUUAUAUACUUUACCCCCAAAGCACAUAAGUUGGAACAGGAGCGUUUUACCAUCAAGGGACAAGCCAUUAAACCCAAAGACUAUAUUAAGAUUCUUGGUAUAAUAAUAGACACUAGACUUAAAUACAAGGAACACAUCGCAAGGACCACAUCUAAGGGCCUAGAAGUAGCAAUGGAGCUCAGAUGGCUCAGGGGUUUAUCCCCAUUAAUAGCGCGACAACUAUUUACAUCAACUAUUAUCACAGCCAUGGACUACGCCUCUAAU